GUGCAUCUAGAACUUUUUAUUUUUUUCUAUUAUAAUACACACCUAUUGUUUUUAUUUGUAUUCAUUUUCUAUUUGUUUAUAUCUUUGGGCAGGGCUGCUAUCGCUUAAAACUAUGGGUUUAUAAAACACAUAAAUAUACAUAAAUAAAAAGAACGUAGAUACAAGAAUUUAGUUUUCAUACACUAUAUUUCUAUAUUACUUGGAAAUCUAGAAUCAUAAGGGCAUCAUUAAUAUGUCUCUCUUUUGAAACAAUUGUAAGAAACUUUUGCACACUUUUUCCCCAGUAAUUUAAAAAGAACACAAUGAUGAGUUUUCUUUGCUAAAUUUGCAUCCGCCAAACAGUUUUACACAUCUGACUAAUGUGUGAUCUCAUGACAUUAAAGGUGUGGUCGAAGUGGAUACCCCGCCCCCUACCGCUUGUUGCCAACACUUCUUUAUUCAAUUAUGCAUGUCGGGUAUUAGGAAUGAUUCAUGCAAACUGCGGGUAUAAUCUGCAUUUUCACUAUAAGAACACAACGUAUAAGCAAUUUAUUUAAAAACUAAGUAGUUUAAGAGUUUUCUUAGAAGUAAAGAGUCCUAUGGUGUGUAGUGCACUAGAUAGUGAUGCUGCCUUCUGCUGGAGCCGCACUGCUCCACCGGCCCGUGCAGAGAUGGCGAGGAAACCCCGUGGACACGGCACUGCUUUUUCAUGACGGUGUCAUGGAUGAUGAAGACGAUCAACGUCUUCUGGAUUUUAUAGGAGAUGUGCAAGCAUUAAAUGAGUAUCUUCAUGGUUCCAACAGUAAAUCUAUCGGGGAGGAUGAUGUGACAAAUGCAGCAUAUGGGUCUGCCAGCUCGUUCUUUACUGGUGACACUGGCAGCUCCAAUGAUGGACUCAAAGAUGACCACAAUCAUUUGGGAGAGUUUGGGGAGGCUGGCGCAGCUGAGCUUCAGCUCUCAGGCAAUCUUUCAUUCAUCGACGAUGAGCUUGACGAUGGACCUUCACCUGGUGACGUUGACCUUGGGGGUGAAGACCAACCCUUUGACAUCCUCCAGAAGUCAUUGCUGGAAGCAGAUAUCACAGAGCAGACACUGGCUCAAGAAGCCCUUUUGGACUCCCAACCAUCUCUCAUUCCCACAGCUACCACCUUCCCUCAGCAGCUGGUCUCUGGAGGGUUCGGAGGUGUCGCGGGUCCUGGCAUGGUGGCACCUUUGCCCGUUGCUGGGGUGCAGCCACCAUCUUUUAUCCAGCAGGUUCCCCAGCUACCCUUGCCAAAUGGCCCUACGGGACAUAUCCAGGUGGUAGGGUCUUUUAACGACAGUGCGUCCUCUAUGAUGACUAUCAACAGUUUGGAACAGCCUCAGAUCCUUUUGAGACCAAGUGGAAAUGUGGUGGCAAACAAUAGUGGGCAGGGCACCAUGUUCGCACCUACCGCACCAAAUCAAAUGUCAAUGUCUUUCAAUAAAGGUACAAUUCCAGUUCAGAAUAUUAUCAUUCAACGAGGCCCAGCACAACAGACGUUGGUUCGACCCAUUCAGCCGAAACCCCUACAGACAGGGUCACAAACUGUAUACAAUAUCAGCAACAUUGGGCUUCAGCCCAGCACCACAGCUACUGCAAAUCUAGUCAGUACCCAGUACACGACCAGCGGGUCUCCUCAGACUGCUCAACAAGUUAAAGUGGUAAAUCCAACCAGCAGCAUUGUAAUGCAUUCACCACUGGGGCAACAGGCACAGCCCCAAUCCAAUCUGCCCCAGGGGCAGUUUUUGGUACCGAGUUCUAUAUCCCUCACCACUGGUACCACUGUUCACGGGUUCCAGGCUGUGAAUGGGCAGGUGAUACAAACAAACACUCAAGUGGGUGAACCAAUGAGCACUACCACAUACUCAAUCCUGACCAAUCAGAACUCAGCAGUGCAGCUUAUUCCUGGCCAGAACUUUUCAGCCGGAGGACAGUUGAUUGUAAAUCAAGGUUUGGUGGGUGCAAGUCAGAUAGGCCAAGCUUCUCCGACCCCUGUUGUACAGGUGUCGCAGAGACCCGGUGCCACCGCUAAGGUUUGGACCGCCAGUGUGUCGCCUAGCCCCAACCCUGUACAAACGUCACAGAGUUCAAGCCACCUUACCGUGGUCAAUUCUGUCCAAGGCCCACAAGUUUGUCAGCAAUUAUCGGUUAACCCAGGACAGCAUCUCCUCAUGCCUGUAGCUCAGAGCAGCCCAGUUUCUUCUGGAAUUCAGGAGUUUCAGCAAGGCACUCUAAACCAGGACACGGCAGCAGCUCAGACACAAUUAGUUAAUCUCCUUGGUACCAAAGCUGUGAAAACACUAACUCCUGCCAGUCUGGAAUCCCCUCUCACCCCGAAGCGACCUGCAACUCAGCAGCUUACUCGAGGAGGAAUGGUCCUCCAGCAGCUCAGAAGAGAUCACAGUGGAGUCAUGUCUCCAGAGCACCCACCCUUCUCUUCGGUCACUGAUGUCAUUGAGCGAUUACUGCCCUAUCAUGUUUUCCAAGGCUCACCGCCACGAGAUGAAGAAUUUACCAAAGUCGACGAGGAGUUUGAGGCAGUUGCCACGCGAGUAUUGGAACGGACGCAGGUCAUGGUAAACAAAUACAGGCGUCUGCUUAUGGUGGAGUCAGAGAGAUCUAGCCCCUCAUCAGAAAUGGUGAUGAUUGACAGGACGUUUAACCAAGAGGAACGGAGCAACCUGACCCAAGACAAGCGAAUGGUAUUGGUGGAUCCAGAUGGCUUCUUUGAAGACUUCUGCUGCAGCUCUAAGAAGAGGAUACCAAGUCCUGAAGUCAGCCAUGAGGGAAACCCAAGCGGAUUGGGGACAUCAACGAGGCUUCCAAUGAGUCACGCGGGAAGAGACGGGCAGAGAGUGAACAGCCACAGAGAACCUGCUUAUAGGACAGACUCCCAACCAGAAAAAGAAACAGAGGAACACAGAAGAAGCCCUAUCAAGUGCAUCCUGAACAUUAAAAAAAUCAAAUCCAACAACCUCAUCAGCAGCAGUCAACAUGCUCAUUAUCCUGCAUCUCCCAGCCAAUCACAGCACAGCCCUGCCCAAAGCAACCCGUCAGGCAGGGGGCGGAGUCAAGAACAGCAGCUUUCCUCGGAUCACAGUCACACCUCGUUGGCUGAUACGGACUCUGUGCUGGAAGCUGCCGUGAAUAGCAUCUUAGAAUGUUAGACAGUGCCAUAUUUACAUUAGACAGUUUCAUGUUAGCCGCGAGCCAUUUCAUGCCAUGAAUUUUUUUUAGUUGGCAUUAUAGAAGUAUAAGAGUGCACACAGCGGUUGUGGAAGUGUCGAGGACUUAUGAUGGUGAAAAUACUGUGCCUGUUGUUCUAGAGCAGUUUACACGAGAAAGCCUUUGAAAUUGCAUCACAGGAUGCACUUGCAAUCACACGCACACACAUCAAUAUAUUUACAUAUACACAAUCAUGCAGUACGUUUAGUGUGAUGUUUGGAAUGUCAUAGGUAGACAUUGGUAUCUGUAGCGUAUCAUUCAGUAUCAAAUACACUUAGUCUCAUAGUCUGUCCGCACUUAAGGUCAUAAGGUCGUCUCUCAGUAUGUGAUUUUGACCAAGUGAGGCACACAAAUGCACCGUUUCGUUGUUUUCGAGCACUAGCUGUGUUCAUUUUUUUACUUUCGUUUUAGUUUUGUACCUUACAGGUAUGUGAUCUCCACAGAGACGAAACCGUGUGGUUUUGUGCAGGGGAAGUUAAGUCCUCAGAUUGAGGGUACAAUGUUACAUUGUUUUAUCUUUUUUGCUUGUAUUCAUUUUUAAUGAGGCAUUGUAAGUUUUUUGUCAAAUCUGUGCUGCUCCCUGUCUCCCUGAAUAAUAUGUGCUGUUGCGCACCUGUUAGUGUCUCAAAAAAUCUUGUAUGGGCGAAUGUAACAAAAAGGUCCAGGUUACAUUUCAGUGUAAAGUCAAAAGAGAUAAAAGAAUUGGAUGUUGUUAAAACACAAAAAUGAAGGAUCAUUGUGACAUUAUUGUCAUGACACUUAGGCACUGCCCUAGACUGUGAUGUCAGGCAGUACACAAAUUAGUCUUUUGUAUUUUUUUAUUGAAUUUUAAUGAGCAUCAAUUAAAGACAGUACAACUCAAACAUAAUGUAUAAUACAUUUGCGAAUAUUUGCAUGUUUUUGCAUUAUUGCAACAAUUUUAAUGUUUUCUUUUUUGCUUAAUUGUCAUGAAAUAAUGUCACAAUGCGAUUAAUUUAGUUACUUUUUAUGUUUAAUCUUUUCUUUUGGAUGAAAUUUAACUGCGGCUGUUUCUAGACAGGCUUAGGGAAAUUUACCUACAUUAACUUGAUUUUCCCUUGAGCAGUGUGUCCCCUGCUGGUCAGGCUCCAGUCUUGUCCUGUGGGUCAGUUUGCAGUUUCUGCCCCUAGUGGCAACUUAUAUUUGCACAUGUGGAAAUGAUUUUGUAAUUUCACAAAUCCCCAUUCUAAUAGCUCUUGGAUUGCGCCUGUAUAUCUCUUCUAGUCAAAUGUGUUUAAACUGGUGUAGACAGAAUUGGUGCCUUCACCGCAUAUCAACAUUUAAGGGUACUUAGUUGUAUUAGAAGAUCACAGCUUUGUGAAGUUUAGUUGAAGGACGUCAAGACAGUGUGAUGGUUUGCUACAUGACUGCACCAGUUUAUUUUUUAAAGUACUAAAUCAUUAUGGAAGAGACUUGGCAUUCAGUCUUGAUUUAUAUAAGAACGUUUUCCACAUAUGCCAUUACAGAGUCUGACAGCUGUAACAAUGGUAGUGUGACCACAAAGACUGACCAGACUAGAGCAGAGAAAGUGUGCGGACGUUUCCAUUAACAUCCAUUAAAUAGCUUAAAGGAAGGUUGCAUCGCAUUGUUUUUGCAUCAUGAACACUAAACUCCACUGUCUUUCCCAGCAAUUCAACCAAAAAUGACUAAUAGAAAAUAAGUUGUAACACUUUACAAUAAGAUUCAGUAUGUUCAUGUUAGUUAAUGGAAUAGCAUGACAUAACAAACAAGACUUUUACAGCAUUUGUUAAUCUUGGCUAAUACUAACUUGUAAUGUAUUAACAUUAUGAAAAUGAAUAAACAAUGGUCAGUGGUAUAUUUAUAAAGUAACAUCAUCCUAGAUUAAAAAUGCUGUAAAACAUGUUUAUUGUUAUUGUUCAUGAUACCUAAUGCAUUAAAUAAUAUUAAAGAGUUGAAUCUUAUUGUUGGUGUUUCGUAAGUAAAAUAUCCUCCCUGAUCUGAGCUCCAGCAGCCAGUACUAGGGAGACUCCUCUGAAGACUUUCUUUUCGAAGAGCUUCUUUGCCUUAGGACAGACCGAGUGAAACACAAGUAGUAUCAUUUGUUUUUACUGUGUUUUAUUGUGCGAGUGUGGCCUUGGAUUAUCGUAACACCACGUGGUAAUCAUAGCUUUGAACAUUUUCUUUCUGCAUCACUCAAAACUUGAUUUAUAAUGUUUGUAUUACAAAAUAAAAACACGAAACACAAAAUAUUUAUACUUUUUGUAAAGAAAAAUAAUGUUAAAAAGUUAUUUUUAUUAUGUUAGGUAUGUGCUCAUAUCAUACUGUAUGUGGUCAGUUCUAGUCUGUUUUUGUGAGUGUUCAUUACAGCAGCAAAGAUAAAAAAAAUCAAUAUUAAAUACAUUUUGACUACAGCCAAUACUUUGUAAUGUCUGCUUUUUAAACUAUUAGGUAUUACUAUUGAAUAGGAAAAUAAAGAAUGGUCAUGUUCACCACAAGAAAUCAUGAAACAGCUUUUCUUCUUUUCUUAGAUUUAUAAUAUUGUAAAAUUAUUUAAAGUCCUUGUUAUGCUUUUAGUUACACAAUUACAAAAUAAACAAUUCUACAAAUUUUCAUUUAGGUUUAAUGCAUGAAUUCCUUCGAUAUAAAUUAGCAUUAAAAAUACUUCAUAUAAAUACUGUACUUUCAGAUAGGUUUGUUUUCUCAUCAACCAUAUUAAUUCAUAGUAGACGUAUCUUAAGUCACAGUACGUUCUUGCACAUGUCUAAUAAAAAGACUGCAAACUUCAAGUUCGGAGUGAAGAAGAAACUAGCUUCUGUUAACACUUAUUUCUAAGGCACGUUAUUAACAAACACCAAAUAUCCUUAAUGGUAUUUUCUCCACCGUUCUUUCUCUGCACAACACAAACACGUUCAAUUAAUAAGACAUUGUUUUGAUAAACAUCUUAUUCUUGCUAUUGUUAAUUUGACUUACUGAGAUCUGGGUAUCUCCAUAUGUAACACAGGACACAGUAGCCAGCUAACAGUAGAGAUAUCCCACCGAUUCCUCCUCUACGAACAUCAAUGUACUUUGUGUAGU